AUGUCGUCAAGCCAUGCCUCUCUGGAUGCAGCAUCCAGCGACCGUAAAGCCCGCCUCGCCAAGCUCGCGGCACUGAAGCGCAAGCAACCCGAACCCGAUACUCAGGAACCCGGCACAGUCAAUGACGAAUCAAGUGAACCUAUCUCGGAAGUUACAGCCAAAUUUCUCUCCGGUCGCAACUACGAUGCCGAGACCCGAGGGCCAAAACUAGGCUUUGAGCAAGGCCCACAAGAGGGCCAAGUGACCGUGGAAACGCAGGCGGCCCAGAUCGCAGAGGCCAUCAAGGAAGAGUCCCAGAAGGAGGAAGAUGGUGACCAACCCGUCGAUCUAUUCAAGCUGCAGCCCAAAAAACCCAACUGGGACUUGCGACGGGAUUUGGAUGAGAAGCUCAAGACUCUCAAUGUGAGAACGGAGAAUGCAAUUGCUCGCCUCGUUCGACAGCGGAUAGAGAGUGCACAGCGCGCUGCAAAGGAACGAGGAGCCGUUUCCAAUGGAGAUGAUCAAGGGGAGGAAGUGGGCAUCGAGGGCCAGAUGCUGGUGGAGGGGAUCCAUGUCCGUGAACGGGAGGAAGAGGACGAGGACUGA